UGUGUUAGGAGAGGAAGACCUGGCUGCGGGUGCUGACCAAUUGUGUGCCGGUUCUCGGUAGACUUCUGGUUCAUGAGUUCUGAUCCGAUGUGUGCCAUGUCGUCCGCUGACUCCGUAUGGCACAACCUCAGCGUGCUGGACGUAGCCAAUCCGACGGCUGGCACAGCGGCGAUCCUCGGGUCGGGAAGCCAUAACCAGAAGACGCCGAUUAGUGUCCUACAAGAGGUGUGCAGUCGCAAAAGCCUCACUCCCGAAUAUAAGCUCAUUUCGGUUGAGGGAGCCGUACACGCGCCAACCUUCGUCUACAGAGUCGAAGUUGGCGAUGUGUCAGCGACAGCCGCUGGGCAGAGUAAGAAGAAAGCAAAACACUGUGCCGCGAAAGCCCUCAUCGAUAAAAUCGUCGAUGAAGAUAUCGGACCCCUCAUGUUCCUCAAACCCCUCCUCCUCGAGGGCAUGGUCGGCAUGAGCGAUGGCCUGGGACCCGAGAAAGAACCCACAACACCCGUAGCCAAAACGGAUCCCUUGUCGCCAUCCACCGGACCCGCAUCUGAUUCAGGAGAAGACGAUGGAAUUCCUGGGAAUCCAGUCGGCCAACUGCAGGAACUCUGCAUGAAGAAACGUUGGCGGCCUCCCUUCUACGACACCCAGAUGGAGGAGGGCCUUCCCCACGAACGGACCUUCGGUAUCAUGUGCAUCGUGAACAACUAUUCUGAAAUCGGUUUUGGCAAGAGCAAAAGACUCGCUAAACGUCAAGCCGCCUACAACAUGAUACAAAUGAUCGAGCGUCUUCAACAGGCUGCAACGGAAGGCGAUGAUAACAUCGAAACCAAAUAUUCGGAGCUUGCGGAAGAGAUGCGCGACCUCCAGAUUCUCAAGACCGAGCCGAUUCCGACGAUCACGGCGAAGCACUCGCAGCAAGUCUCCAACAUACUGAAACAACUCAAAGCGUCGAAUGGUGCUCGUCUCCAAGAUCUCCAGUAUAAGAACCUGGUCACGUCGGGACUGAAUUACGUAGGUCUACUCCGCGAGAUCGCCGAAGAGCAACGAUUCGAAGUGACCUACAUUCCGGCAGAAGCGGUUGACGGUUGCCACAGCUGCUUGUGCCAUUUGACUACUCUUCCCCUGGCGGUGUGUUUCGGUAUCGGAGAGACCGAGGAGCUGGCCAAGAUGAAUGCAUCACACAACGCCCUCCAGUAUCUGAAAAUUAUGACUAGGAGGAAGUAA